AUUUUUUUUCUUUUUACUUUUUCUUUGACCUACUCCUCAAAGCAAGCUAAUUUGACUGAGAGACUCCAUUUUCUGAUUUCCUUGUACUAUGUAUGACUACUUGUCCUCCAGUGCUUCUUUUCUCACAUUCUGAGCCUUAUCUAAUUAUUUUCUCUUAAAAGCGGUUUUAACUUCUACUUAUAAGUCCCUGAUCUAGUCCCUGUGUCAAAUUGGCUAUUUAUUUCUAAGCCUUCCCCAUUCUUAUUCUUCCAACUACCCCCAUACUGCUGUCCAAUACACACCUUCUAAGAUAAGCUCAAGCCCGAAGUCUUCUCCUUGUUCUGGCAGCUCUCCCACACCAAAACAAAACAUCUGUUCUCUGUUUUCUUACUCCUUCUAUCCCAGCGGUCUGAAAACGACCUUUUCAAACCCAUCCCUGGGUAGUAUUUUCCUCACUGCCUUUCUGUUGCCUGGGUACCUCUGGAAGCACUGACCAGUAUUUGGAGGAGGGGGGUGUCAUUAAAAAAAAAAAGUCUUCCAGCUUGCAGUAUAUAAUAGGUCACACACACGCACACACACACCCCACAGUUAUAAUUAAACAAAGCCUUUAAAAGGGUGGCGGGGAGGAAUCUGUCAUGCACAAGGGAGAAUCUUCACCCAAAGAAUGAGGUGGGGUGCGGGUGCAUGAGGAGAAGUAAUUGGAAAGCAGCUUAAUUUGGGGAGAUGGAGGAAAGAAGGCAGCUGCAGUGCCGAGAGGGGGGUGUGCGUGUGUGUUAAGGCUGGCUUGCUGCUGCCACCGGCGGUCGCUCCCGCCUGCCUCCUCCCCGCUAAGUCAGUCUGCGCUUCUCCAUGCAUUCAGAAGCGGAGUGGGGGAGAGCCAACCCGAAAAGACGCGAGCCCCCUCCUUUCCAGCGCUGCCCUCCCUCCUGCUCUCCUCCCUGCCUGGGGAAAUUGCCUGGAGCAUCCGAACAGGGACCGGGUGCACUGGGCUGCUUCCUUUGGGGACGGGAACCAGGGGCCUGAAGAAGGGGCUGCUUGGCUCCGGCCACCCCCUGCCACUCAACCUCUUCUCCUUCUUCUUCGUCUCCUCCCAAUUCUCUCUUUCCUCCUCCUCUUCCUCCUCCCCCUCCUCCUUGUCCUCCUCCUCCUCCUCUUCUUCUUCCUCCUCUUCCUCCUCCUUCUCCUCCUUCUUCUUCAUUGACUUUUCCCGAGGCUGGACACAGAUCAAUGGUUCUUCUUGGAGAUGCACACUCAGCUGUCGGCCGGAGGGGGGUAGCAGCCUCUGCCUCCAGGUGCUUUCUCCCUAGAGGCUGCUGUUGCUGCUGCUGCCGCUGUUGCCACCACUGUCACUUGAGACCCGGGCACGUUAAACUCCCUGAAAUGGGGUUGCUGCUGCCUCUGUCGCUGCUGGAGUAAAAGGAGCGAGUAAUCCCUAGUAGUCAGUCACUGCUGCCUGCAUGGAUGUGUUCAGCUUUGUGAAGAUUGCAAAGCUGUCAAGAUUAAUUUUGUAGCCAAAUCAAAAGACUGAAUGACUUUUGGCAUGUCCAGCCACAGAACCAAGGCUUCAGGCUGGCCACCUCCCUCAGGAACCUGGAGCUUGAACCAGGUGCCACCUUAUGGAUGGGAGAUGACGGCAAACAGAGAUGGAAGAGAUUACUUCAUCGAUCACAUGACACAAGGGGUCACAUUUGAAGACCCUCGAUUUGAUAGCUGCCAAAUCAUCCCUCCUGCUCCUCGACAAGUUGAGAUGAGGAGAGAUCCUGUCCUGGGAUUUGGAUUUGUGGCGGGGAGUGAGAAACCAGUGGUUGUCCGCUCAGUAACCCCAGGUGGCCCCUCAGAAGGAAAACUUAUCCCAGGAGAUCAGAUCGUAAUGAUUAAUGAUGAGCCAGUCAGCACUGCUCCGAGGGAGAGAGUCAUUGACCUUGUCAGAAACUGCAAAGAAUCGAUCCUCCUCACUGUCAUUCAACCUUACCCUUCUCCCAAGUCAGCAUUUAUUAGUGCUGCAAAAAAGGCAAGGUUGAAGUCCAAUCCUGUUAAAGUGCGUUUCUCAGAGGAGGUCAUCAUCAAUGGCCAGGUUUCGGAAACAGUUAAGGACAAUUCACUUCUUUUCAUGCCAAAUGUCCUGAAGGUAUACUUGGAAAAUGGGCAAACCAAGUCAUUCCGUUUUGACUGCAGUACUUCAAUAAAGGAUGUCAUCUUAACUCUUCAAGAAAAACUUUCCAUCAAGUGUAUCGAGCACUUUUCCCUGAUGCUGGAGCAGAGGAUGGAAGGAGCUGUAACCAGACUUCUCUUGCUACAUGAACAGGAGACUCUUACUCAGGUGACCCAGAGACCCAGCUCCCAUAAGAUGAGAUGUCUUUUCCGAAUCAGCUUUGUCCCAAAAGAUCCCAUUGACCUUCUGAGAAGAGAUCCAGUUGCUUUUGAGUACCUAUAUGUGCAGAGCUGUAAUGAUGUGGUUCAGGAGAGAUUUGGACCAGAGCUGAAAUAUGACAUCGCCCUGCGUCUAGCAGCAUUACAAAUGUACAUCGCCACUGUCACCACCAAGCAAACCCAAAAGAUCUCCCUCAAAUACAUCGAGUAAGUAUGCCCCGGUGUGGGCUCUAUUUGGACCUGGUUCAUUCAUUCAUGGAUGAGACCACUUUAGAUCAGUUUCAGUAUCGCCGCUGGAAAAUAGACAAAAGAAUACGAGGAUGUAUAUUGGGUGGCUUAUCGUCCAUUGUCUACUCUUUGGGUCUGAAAUCUGAUCGAGGAGACAUUGUGGGCUACAAGGAAACCCAGCUUUGGGGGCAGAGCCCAGUUUCUGGCAGAUGCUGCGAAGCUCCAAAGGCUGGAGUUACGAUCCAGCGAGGGCUACGUCUUGUUAUAUAAACACUCGAAGGAGAGUCAGAGACUUUUAUCACACACACACACACACAACUUGGCUAUCAAGUGAAGAAAUUUUUUAACUCCUGAAUAACUUCUAUUAAGGCAAUGGAAUAAACACUGGCUAGGAAGCUGGCUUGUCUUUGUUCAGCCAUUUACAGUCCAGUCUACCUCUUUGUGACUUAUUGGUGAUUUUCUUGGCAAAGAUCCUGGAAUGGAUUGCCAUCUCCUUUUCCAGUUCAUUUUACAGAUGAGGAGACUGAGGCAAACAGGAUUAAGUGACUAGUUUCUCCUUCAGCAAAAAAAGGGUUUGAUCUAGACAACCUUCUAAAGUGCCAAAGAACUGUAAAUCUGUAAUCCUGUGAUGUUGGAGAAGUUAACUUAGCUCUAUUUUCUCCUCUGCAAAAUGAGAUGAUCUCUAAAUUCCUUUCCAGUUUGAGGUCCUAAGGCAUGGGAGGCUUGCAAUCUGCAAUAGUGGAAUGACUACCCAUACCAAGGAAAGCAAGGCUCUUUGGGUAUUGUAGCACCAGCUUAAAAUGGGAAUGUCCUGCUUAAGUGACUGUUUUUAAAGCUAAAAAGACCAAUCUGCUCUUGAAGUUGAUAUCUUCAAAUCUGGUCAGAAAGAAAGUUGUGUUUUCCAACAAUUUCCAAAGCCGCAGAAAGGCAUUCUGUGGACCAGUUCCCAAUUCAGGUGCCCCAGUAUGUAUUAUUGCUCCCCUUCCUCAAGCUGCACCAUCUUUAAGAACCACCUUUUGUCCCAAGGGCCGCGUCUCCAAUGGCGUCUGUUUCCAAAUGGCAGGGAUAUAUUCAGGAGACUAAUCUUUGCUUAAUCCUGACAGAGUGUCACAAAUGUGGCAAAGAAAGGGGGCCUGUUUAAAGCAUAGGAUGAAGCUAGAUCAAAGUCUCUGUGCAUUAGAGAAAGGGCAAAAUUAUCACACAGCCUAGCCCCUGCGGCCCCUAAAAGCCAUUAAUAAAUUAAAUGAAGCCUGAUUUCCAAAAUGCCAUUCUUUCCCAGGCCUUUCUAAUUACUAACAGUAGCUUUCCAUUUAUUGAUUGAAAAGCUUAUUUGGGGUCUCAAAUACUACAGAGGCCACAGUGGGAUAGAAUAACCUUUUGCUGAUGGAACACACAGUAGAUAGAGGAGCCAGAAUUGUGUAAAUACAACCAGAGUAAAUGCUCUUGAGAAUUUACCCAAUGCUUUCUGGAUCUACAUUUUUAAAGUGCUCUCAAAAUUCUGGGGCCAAUUGCCAAGGUUUAUUUGGGGUAAGCAUGGCAUAAUCCCCAGAACAUUAGCAAUAGUACAUUAGCAAUAGCCACAGUCCCAAGGCCAAAUAUUGGUCCUCAGGCAAUUAGAGAUACCGUGGCAUAAUCAGAAAGAGUGUUAGAUUUAGAACCAGUGGGGAGUGGAUUCAAAUCCCACCUUGGAAAUCUGUGUUACCAUGAAUGAGUCACUUAAUUGCUCCAAGCUUCAGUUUCCUCAUCUUCAAAUGAGAGAUAUAAACAUGUGAGACACUUUUUAACAAGGUCUAUUGGGAGGCUUAACUGGAAUAAUGAUUUUAAAGUACUAUAUAGGGACAACUAGAUGGCUCAAUGGACAGAGAGCCAGGACUGAAGACGGGAGGUCCUAGGUUCGAAUUUGACCUCUGACACUUUCUAGCUGUGUGACCCUGGGCAAGUCAUUCAACCUCUAUUGCCUAGCCCUUAGUACUCUUCUGCCUUGGAAUGGAACUUAGUAUUGAUUCUAAGGCAGGAGGUAAGGGUUUUUUUAAGUCAUAUAAAUAUCAGUUAUAAUUACUUGUUUUCAGGAUUAUCUGAUCCCAGCCCUGACUAUAGUUUAAAAAAAUCUAAUUUUCUUUGAUUUACAAACAUCUGCAAUGACCUCACCCACAUUUACUAGUAUUCUACCCACAUUCUGUUUACUGACUUCAUUUAGUAAGUUAGGGGAGUAUUUAAUGCAUUUUACAAAGUAAAUACAAAUAGUAGCCAUUUUUUAAAUUUUUCAAAAGCCUUCAAUCUGGGGACCUGAGGCUAGAUAUCUCAGGUCUGAAGGAUGCAUCAUAUUGGAAAACAGCCAUGAGAGAGAUUCACAAGCUCCCCGGGCUCAUGAAUCUCCUUGUUUUCCUUACCUUCUCCUAUUGUUCCUUACCUUUCUAGGAAGGGACCCUGAGAGAUCAAGUGAUUCAGAGAGGAAUCACUCUUCAUUCUCACAGUCCAUAUGGAUAAAAACAAUCAUUACUAUUUAUAUGCUGUGUUAAGGGUUAGAAAGCAUUGAACUCAAGGGGCAGCUAGGUGACUAAGUGGACACAGUGCCAAGCCUAGAGGUUCUGAUUUCAAAUCUGGCUUUAGACACUUCCUGGCUGUGUGACCCUGGGCAAGUCAUUGCUUAGCCCUUACUACUCUUCUUCCUUGGAACCAAUUCUAAGGCAGAAGGCAAGAGUGGAAGGAAGGUAGGAAGGAAGGAAGGAAGGAAGGAAGGAAGGAAGGAAGGAAGGAAGGAAGGAAGGAAGGA